UUUUGCAAAGCCUUGCAGAGGGGGCUCCUGCUGCCAUGGCUGCGAUUGCGAAGGCCCUGUUACCCCAUUACCAGCACUCGGGACUCGAGACUAACCUCAGCAGGGUCAGCUUUCUGGGGGCUCGGAUACCCGCAGAGGUGGAAGCGAUGGCCAGGAGCGUUCGGGAGCUGGACAAGGAAACCUUUCGCAAACUCCUCAAAGGUAAACAAACGCUUUGCCGGCAGGACAGGUAGAGGGGUGGGAAUCAGUGCCCGCAGGGAACGAGUUCUUGCCUUUGAGAGCUUAUCCUGCUUAGGCGCUGGUUAGCUUAACCUCCUUCCAGCGAUCCUGAAGUGAGCUUGGUCGUAGGCUCUGCGUGGCCCUUUCCUCACGCUCCCGUCAGUUGCUCUUGACAGCAGGACAUCUUGCUGUUACUGCUUUUGUGCUUCUAUCUUAACUGCUUAAGUUUCUUGCGGAUUGCUUCCAACGUUGCGAUGUGAAACUGACAGGUUAAUGUGAUGGCCACAGGAAAUAUUGUUAAUCAGUUUUACCAUUAAAACAGUUUGUUGCGCUUCUUAUAAACUGGGUGGUAUAAUUUUACUUGCAUGUUUCCGUUUGUUGCAAUCUGCCCGCCAGUUGCUUAGCCCCCUUUCCUGGGCAAGGAUCCGGAGCAAGUGGUCGCACACCAGAUCCAGGCACUUUUGGAAGAAACUGAUUUCCUGGAACAGGGUUUGGCCUGGUUUUGCCACAGAAACUGCUUUGGUUACCCUGUAUGAUGACCUUUGUGGAGAGAGAGAGACAAGGGAAACGUGAGAGUUAAGUCCAGUCGCAAACGACUCUGGGGUUGCGGCGCUCAUCUUGCUCUAUGCGCCGAGGGAGCCGGCGUUUAUCCUCAGACAGUUUUUCCAGGUCAUGUGGCCAGCAUGAGUAAGCCACUUCUGGUGAAGCCAGAAUAGUGCACGGAAACAUCGUUUACCUUCCUGCUGGAGCGGUACCUAUUUAUCUGCUAGUACAGUGGUACCUGAGGUUAAGAAUUUAAUUCGUUCUGGAGGUCCAUUCUUAAUCUGUCUCUGUUCUUAACCUGAGGUGCCACUUCAGCUAAUGGGACCUCCCACUGCCACUGUGCCGCCAUCACACAAUUUCUGUUCUCAUCCUGAAGCAAAGUUCUUAACCCGAGGAACUAUUUCUGGGUUAGCAGAGUCUGUAACCUGAAGUGUCUGUAACCUGAAGCGUCUGUAAUCCUAGGUACCACUGUACUUUGAUGUGCUUAAAAAUAGUUGAGUCUUAAAAUUAUUGUUGCAAUUCUAGUUCCAUUUUUUACCAUAAGGGGGAGUGCUUGCACAAAUGUUCACCACGGAAGAAUUAAUUUCUUGGGGAAUGCUUUUCAGCCCCAUGGAACCUUCAAUGUGGGGUUCUGCAGGGCUCAGUCCUUUCCCCCAUGUUGCUUAACCUCUACAUGAAAUCACUGGGUGGGAUUAUCUGGAGGUUUGGAGUACGUUGUCAGCAGUAUGCUGAUGACACUCCGCUCUAGUUCUCCUUCACAUCUGCAGGUGAGACAGUGUAAGUGCUGGACCAGGGUCUUGCCUCAGUAAUGGACUGGAUGAGAGCCAACAAACUGAAGCUCAAUCCUGAUAAGACUGGGACACUGUUAGUGGGUGGUUCCCUAGACUUGAUGGGUGGGAGGUCGCCUGCUCUUGAUGGGGUUACACUUCCCCUGAAGAAGCAGGUUCACAGCUUGGGGGCACUCCUGGAUCCUUUGCUGUCGCUCGAGGCUCAGGUGGCCUCAGUGGCCCAGAGCGCCUUCCAUCAGCUUGGGCUGGUGGCCCAGCUACGCCCCUAUCUGGACAGGGAUAGUCUAACUACUGUUCUCUAUGCUCUGAUAACCUCAAGGUUAGAUUACUGCAAUGCGUUAUACGUGGGGCAGCCUCUGAGGACAGUUUGGAAAUUUCAGCUGGUGCAGAAUUCAGCUGUCAGGUUGCUCAUCAGAGCAAGACAGUUUGAGCAUUACACCGAUCCUGGUCCGACUACACUGGCUACCAUUUAGUUUCCGGGCCCAAUUCAAAGUGCUGGUUUUGACCUAUAAAGCCUUAAAUGGCUCAGGACCGCCUCUUUCCAUCUGAACCUACCCGGACCCUGAGAUCAUCUUCUGAGGUCCUCCUUCGUGUGCCUCCCCCUUGAGAGGUCCAGAGGGUGGCAACAUGAGAACAGGGCCUUCUCUGCAGUGGCUCCCUGUCCAUGGAAUGCUCUCCCCGGGGAAAUUUGCCUGGCGUCUUCAUUAUACACCUUUAGGUGCCAGGCAAAAACGUUCCUUUUAAACUAGUCCUUGGGUUGAUCUGAUUUACAUACUGUGCCCUUUUAAAAUUGUUUUUUUUGUGGGGGGGCGCUAUUGAGUUGUUGUUUUUCUUUUUAUUAUAUAUUUUGUGGUUUUAUAUCUUGAUUUUAUUCCUUGAACUGCCCUGAGACCCCCAGGUAUAGGGCGGUAUAUAAAUUCAUUCAAUAAAUAAAUAAAUGAAAUGAAAUGAAAUGAAAUCUGCUUUGUAAUUAAAAUAGUGAGUUGUACUUCUUUCAAUUGAAGAAGUGUGCAUCAAAAUGGAUAUAUUGGUAAAAAUAACAUACAAAACUGCAUUACAUUUGGGGAAGUUACUUGCCAACAUGUGUACAUAAGUCAAUACUGCAUGUAAAAAUGUGUUUAUUAGGGAAACUUCACACUAAAGUACUGAUGCAUUUUCAUGAGUUUUGUUUUAAUUCAAAUUCCUGCAAAAUGUGGAGAACUGCAUUUAAGAUUGGAAAAAAGAAACUGCGAGAACCAUAAUUGGCAGAUCCUUUCUUGCCUGGUUACUAUGCUGGUUCCUGAUUUGAAGUUGUUUUUUUCCAGUGGUGGUGUGAUAUAGUCUCUUUAGGAUUGGCUUGUGGGUUGCGUGGGAACUUGUUAGAAGUCCUGGAAUAAUGAGCCUAAACACAGGUGCCUCUCAUAUUCAUUGGAAUGACUGUGACUGAUUCUCAGUUAAACAUCUGGCUAGAUAAUAGGACAGUUUUAAGCCAAGUUAAGAGCUUUGAGAAUUUAAGGAAGAAAAGUCAGUUGAUCCAGGGACAGUCCACAUAUACUUAUUUAUCUACUAGUACUUUGAUGUGCUUAAAAAUAGUUGAGUCUUAAAAUUAUUGUUGUAAUUCUAGUUCCAUUUUUUACCAUAAGGGGGAGUCCUUGCACAAAUGUUUACCAUGGAAGAAUUAAUUACAGUCAUACCUCGGGUUAAAUGCUCUUCAGUUAAAUCUUUUCAGGUUGCGUCCCGCGGUGACACGGAAGUACCGGAACGGGUUACUUCCUGGUUUUGCCAUUCGCGCAUGUGUAGAUGCUCAGAAUGACAUCAUACACAGGCACAGAAGCGGUGAAUCGCGACCCAGAGACGCACAGAUGUGGGUUGCUUUCUGCUCCGGUUGCAAAAGGGGCUCCGGAACGCGAUUUCUGUUCUCAUUCUGAAGCAAAGUUCUUAACCCGAGGUACUAUUUCUGGGUUAGCGGAGUCUGUAAUCCGAAGUGUCUGUAACCUUAAGCAUCUGUAAUCCGAGGUACCACUGUACUUUGAUGUGCUUAAAAAUCGUUGAGUCUUAAAAUUAUUGUUGCAAUUCUAGUUCCAUUUUUUACCCUAAGGAGGAGUGCUUGCACAAAUGUUCUCCACGGAAGAAUUACAGGUAAUUACAGUGGUACCUCGGGUCAAGAAUUUAAUUUGUUAUGGAGGUCCGUUCUUAACCCGAGACUGUUCUUAACCUGAGGUACCACUUUAGCUAAUGAGGCCUCCCACUGCUGCUGCACCGCCGCUGCACAAUUUCUGUUCUCAUCCUGAAGCAAAGUUCUUAACCCGAGGUACUGUUUCUGGGUUAGCAGAGUCUGUAACCUGAAGUGUCUGUAACCAGAGGUACCACUGUACUUGGGGAAUGCUUUUCAGCUCCAUGGAACCUUCAAUGUGGGGUUCCGCAGGGCUCAGUCCUGUCCCCCAUGUUGUUUAACGUCUACAUGAAACCACUGGGUGGGGUUAUCUGGAGGUUUGGAGUACGUUGUCAGCAGUAUGCUGAUGACACUCCGCUCUAGUUCUCCUUUACAUCUGCAGGUGAGACAGUGGAAGUGCUGGACCAGGGUCUUGCCUCAGUAAUGGACUGGAUGAGAGCCAACAAACUGAAGCGCAAUCCAGAUUAGACUGAAGCACUGUUAGUGGGUGGUUCCCUAGACUUGAUGGGUGGGAGAUCGCCUGCUCUUGAUGGUGUUACACUUUCCCUGAAGAAGCAGGUUCACAGCUUGGGGGCAAUCCUGGAUCCUUUGCUGUCACUCAAGGCUCAGGUGGCCUCAGUGGCCCAGCGUUCUUUCCAUCAGCUUGGGCUGGUGGCCCAGCAACGCCCCUGUCUGGACAGGGAUAGCUUAACUACUGUUGUCUAUGCUCUGGUAACCUCUCGGUUAGAUUACUGCAAUGUGUCAGAGGUGAGGCUGCCUCUGAAGACGGCUUGGAAACUUCAACUGGUGCAAAAUUUGGUGGCCAGGUUAUCCCAGGACCAAAAUACGAAACAGAUUUUACAUAUGUAUAUAGUUUUAAUUCUAUUAAUAUUUCAUUGCUUUUUAAUGAUAGCUUUUUCUGUGCUUGAGUUCCAUCAGGGGAAAAGGUGCAAUUUAUAUAAAUAUAAAAGAUAAUUAAACUAUAUAAUAAUGCCCCCUGUAAUUUUUCCCUGUGAUCUCCAAGCUCAACAACAUAGACAUCCUAAAAAAAAUUCAGGAACUUUGGCUGCCCCCACCCAAAAAAAAUCCUGGCUAUACCCAGGAAAAUGAAAGAGAGAGCUAUAGCCACAUGUUUAUUUUGUCACACCAAGAAUAAAGGUUAACACUUUCAGAAGAAUUCUAAAAUCCGUAUUCGGACAGUCUCUUUACUCGGCCUGUGUAAAUGCCAUGAAAUAGUGUGAAAAAUAAAAAAUGUAAAGUACCCCUGACAGUUAAGUGCAGUUGCAGACGUCUCUGGGGUUGUGGCGCUCAUCUCGCUUUACUGGCCAAGGGAGCUGAUGUUUGACCGCAGACAGUUUUUCCGUGUCAUGUGGCCAGCAUAACUAAGCCGCUUUUGGCGAACCAGAGCAGUGCACGGAAACGCCGUUUACCUUCUCGCCGGAGCGGUACUUAUUUAUCUACUAGUACUUCAAUGUGCUUAAAAAUAGUAAAGUCUUAAAAUUAUUGUUGCAAUUCUAGUUCCAUUUUUUACCAUAAGGGGGAGUGCUUGCACAAAUGUUCACCAUGGAAGAAUUAAUUACAGUCAUACCUCGGGUUAAAGACACUUCGGGUUAAAUCUUUUUAGGUUGCGUCCUGAGCUGACACGGAAGUACCGGAACAGGUUACUUCCGGGUUUUGCCAUUCGUGCAUGCGCAGAUGAUCAAAAUGACAUCAUGCGCAUGCACAGAAGCGGUGAAUCGUGACCCAAAGACGCACAGAUGCGGGUUGCAUUCUGCUCCGGUUGCAAAAGGGGCUCCGGAAUGCGAUUUCCUGAAGCAAAGUUCUUAACCCGAGGUACUAUUUCUGGGUUAGCAGAGUCUGUAACCUGAAGUGUCUGUAACCUGAAGCGUCUGUAACUCGAGGUACCACUGUACGUUGAUGUGCUUAAAAAUAGUUGAGUCUUAAAAUUAUUGUUGCAAUUCUAGUUCCAUUUUUUACCAUAAGGGGGAGUGAUUCCACAAAUGUUCACCAUGGAAGAAUUACCGGUAAUUACAGUGGUACCUCGGGUUAAGAAUUUAAUUCGUUAUGGAGGUCCGUUCUUAACCCGAGACUGUUCUGUCUCUGAGGACGGUUUGGAAACUUCAGCUGGUGCAGAAUUUGGUGGCCAGGGUGUUGCAGGAUCAAAACACAAAACAGAUUUUACAUAUGUAUAUAGUUUUUAUUCUAUUAAUAUUUCAUUGCUUUUUAAUGAUAACUUUUUCUAUGCUUGAGUUCCCUCAGGGGAAAAGGUGCAAUUAAAUAUAUAAAUAUAAAAGAUAAUGAAACUAUAUAAUAAUGCCAUCUGUAAUGUCCUCUUCACAGGUAUUUUUCCCUGUGAUCUCCAAGCUCAACAACAUUGACAUCCUAAAAAAAAUUCAUGAACUUUGGCUGCCCCCCCCAAAAAAAAAUCCUGGCUAUAUCCGUACUUCACAUAGUGAAAGACAGAGCUAUAGCCACACGUUUAUUUUGUCACACCAAGAAUAAAAGUUACUAUGUUCACACUUUAGAAGAAUUCUAAAAUCCGUAUUAGGACAGUCCCUUUACUAGGCCUGUGUAAACGCCACAAAAUAGUGCGAAAAAUAAAAAAGGUAAAGGACGACUCUGGGGUUGCGGCGCUCAUCUCGCUUUAUUGGCCGAGGAAGCCGGCGUACAGCUUCCGGGUCAUGCGGCCAGCAUGACUAAACCGCUUCUGGCGAACCAGAGCAGCGGACGGAAACGCUGUUUAUCUUCCCGCCGGAGUGGUAUCUACUUGCACUUUGACGUGCUUAAAAAUAGUAGUCUUAAAAUUAUUGUUGCAAUUCUAGUUCAAUUUUUUACCAUAAGGGGGAGUGCUUGCACAAAUGUUCACCACAGAAGAAUUAAUUACUUGGGGAAUGCUUUUCAGCCUUGUGGACCUUCAUUGUGGGGUUCCGCAAGACUCAAUCCUAUACCCACACCCUGAUAUCAUCUUCUGAGACCCUCCUUUGUGUGCCUCCUCCACAUGAAGUCCAGAGGGUGGCAACACGGUAAGGGGCCUUCUCUGCAGCGGCUCCCCGUCUGUGGAAUGCUCUCCCCACGGAAGUUCACCUGGCACCUUCAUUAUACACCUUUAGGCGCCCGGCAAAAGUGUUCCUUUUUAACCAGGCCUUUGGUUGAUCAAUUUACAUAGUAUGCCCUUUUAAAAUGUGUUGCUGUUUUUGUUGUGGGGGGGGGGGGGGGCUAUUGGGUUGUUGUUUUUCUUUUUAUUGUAUACUGCAUAUUGUAUACUGCCCAGGCUGCACAGAAAAGGCAUUUUGGCUGCAGAAAUUCAUUCUGAUUGUGUAAAGCAGAGGUUUUCAACCCUUUUGAAUCCGUGGCUCCCUUGACCAACUGCAUUCUUUCUGCCUUACACCUGUGGGGCUCAGGAGCCUAGUUAUGUCACCCCUUGCCUGCAGAGCUGGCAGCCUCUCACCCUCCCUUGUAGAGUUACCCCAGCCUCCCCUCCCCUCUCCUUGGGAGUCCUCUGGGUAGCCGCUGCUGUUGCCCCUGGUUCUUGAGCUACCCCCCACCCAGCCCCAAAGAAAGGUGCCUCCUCACACUGCCCAUAGGGGCCUGGCGGAGGAUGCCCCCAGCCUUAGUGGGCUAAUGGAGAGUGGGCAAAGGUGAACGUGAGGCGAGCACCUUACCUCGGGAGGCAGCAGUGGCAGCAGCAGGCACUGCCAAGACAGACUGUCUCCCCUUCAGCACCAGGCACUCAGCUCCCAGGCAGGCCUUGCACACAGCAAGCACAAGAAAGGCCAGUGCAGUGCCUGCCUGUCUGCCUGGUCUCCCACUUGUCUGUCCAUUCCCAACAGCAAGGGUUGGUGGAGUAGCUGGCUGGGCUCUCUUAUCCACUUGCUUGCUUGCUCAUCUCCUGGCAACCAGCACCCCCUGGCCAGCCCCGGAGGCACCAUUCACCUUGGGAGCUUGUAGCCAGGGCUGCUGGAACAAACAGCUGUGCAAGCUGGGGGGGGGGGCAGAGAUGCAAAAGGGCAUCAGAGGAGGGAGGAUGGGAAAGAGGGACAGAGGCCAGUGUUGCUUGCGUCACCCAUGACCAUCCUUCAAGGGGUUUACAGCACACUGGUUGAAACCACUGGUGUAAAUAAAAUAUAACAUAGAAUUCUGCAGUAUCGAGUAUUAGUGUGUGAAAACAGUCCAGAUCCAAUGAUUCCCAGGCAUGCACCUCUAGGUGGUGGAGCUGUCAGGUGCCAUACUGGCACCCCGGAAUCUUCACUUGGUCGCAAGUGGUCAAAAGUCAGGUGCAAAAGGUGCCUGGCACCUGGCUAAUUUCGAACACUGAUUCCAUUCCCUGCCCCUGUACACCCCUAACAUUCUGUGGUCAUAAAGUAUGUUCAUUCCUCAUUAGGCUGAAUUUUUGGGGGUGGGGUUUGGGGGUGUAGAAUGGUUGCCCCCUCACUGAAGUGUGUUUAGGAUUUUUCACCCUUUUUCUUUUGUACUUUGCAAACCUUGGUGUUUCCCUGAGUAUACGGAUACCUCUCUUGUUUCUCAGUUUCCAGGUUUGGGUUUUAAUCCUGUUGACACUCAGCAGCUGCAUUUGCUGUUAGAGGGAGCAGUUAUCCACAGUAGUGGGAAUAAAUGGGACCAGUGCUUUUUUUUCCUGGGGAGACACAGGGGUACACAUGCCCCUAAACAUUUUGUGAAUCUUUUUACUUUUGUCCAUUUGCUGUAUUUAUUUUCCCCGAUUUGAACUAUACAGUGGACGCUUGGGUUGCGAACGUGAUCCGUGCAGGAUGCACGUUCGCAACCCGCAGCGGCGCAUCUGUGCAUGCACAGGUUGCGAUUCAGCAUGUCUGCACAUGCACAAAGCGUGAUUUAGAGCUUCUGCGCAUGCACGACCGCUGAAACCCCGAAGUAACCCAUUCCGAUACUUCCAGGUUUUGGCGGUCUGCAACCUGAAAAAACAUAACCUGAAGCGUCUGUAACCCAAGGUAUGACUAUAAAAUGGUGAUUUUCUUGAGUCAAAAUUAGAGUACAGUUGUACCUUGGGUUACAUACGCUUCAGGUUACAUACACUUCAGGUUACAGACUCCGCUAGCACAGAAAUAGUACCUUGGGUUAAGAACUUUGCUUCAGGAUGAGAACAGAUAUCGUGCUCUGGCAGCGCGGUGGCAGCGGGAGGCCCCAUUAGCUAAAGUGGUGCUUCAGGUUAAGAACAGUUUCAGGUUAAGGACAGACCUCCAGAAUGAAUUAAGUUUUUAACCCGAGGUACCACUGUAUCCCUAAACAUUUUUUAAAGAAAAAAAACACUGAAUGAGACUCUUCCGAAAGUUAUUUACAGCUAAACCACAUGGUUAUGUUCUGCCUCCACUGUUCAAGGUAGUUUGCCUCUGAAUGUCAGUUUGCUGAGAGUGACAAGUGGGAGAGUGGUGUUCUGCUCAGGUCCAGUUGGCAGGCAUCUGGUGAUGGCCACUGUGAGAACAGGAUGCUGGACUAGAUUGGCCAUUGGCCAGAUUCAAAAGGGCUCUUCUGAAGUUUGUAUGCUGUUCUUUCCCAUUUAAAUUUCCCUCCCCUGUUUUGUGCACAAACCUCCCCCUUUAAAGCACGACUAGAUGGUGUCAGAUCCCUAGAUGCUGCUGCUGUUGCAAAGUUGCUAGUCUUAGAUGGAGAUAGACUGAAAUUGCAGAGUUUUGAAAAACUAAAAAACAAAGUGCGAGACUGGCUUCAUUAUUAUCAGAUAAUGGAGGCAUUUAAAUUGGACAGGAAAAUUGGCUUCCAGGUGGAAAGAUCAAAAUUAGAAACAGAACUGUUAGAACCCAAAACUAAGAAUUUGUCAAGAAUGUAUAACUUGCUGCUGAAAUGGAAUACUCAGGAUGAAACGGUAAAAUCGGCUAUGAUUAAAUGGGCACAGGACAUUGGACAUAACAUUAUGUUUGCUGACUGGGAACAGUUGUGGACCACGGGUAUGAAAUUUACAGCACGUAAUGCCUUAAGAGAGAAUAUUAUGAAAAUGAUGUACAGGUGGUACAUAACCCCAGUCAAGCUUGCAAAAAUUUAUCACCUGCCCGAUAACAAAUGUUGGAAAUGUAAAGAAACUGAAGGUACAUUUUUUCACCUUUGGUGGACGUGCCCAAAGAUUAAGGUUUUCUGGGAAAUGAUAUAUAAUGAAUUAAAAAAGGUAUUCAAAUAUACCUUCCCUAAGAAACCAAAGGCCUUUCUCCUGGGCAUAGUCGGCCAAAUGGUGUUAAAAAAGGAUAGAACUUUCUUUAUGUAUGCAACAACAGCAGCAAGAAUACUCAUCACAAAAUAUUGGAAGACACAAGAACUUCCCACACUGGAGGAAUGGCAGAUGAAACUUAUGGACUAUAUGGAACUGGCGGAAAUGACUGGUAGAAUCCGGGACCAGGGAGAAGAGUCGGUGGAGGAAGAUUGGAAGAAAUUCAAAGACUAUCUUCAGAAACAUUGUAAAAUUAAAGAAUGUUAGAGUGAUGUUGGAUUGAAAAUAAGCGGUUUCCAGCUGUACAGGUUAAAGUUAAUGAUAGAAUAAGAUUAAGAUUAGGAUUAAAAAUGUUUAAAGAAAUGGAAAUCUGACAACUAAGAGGGAAAAUUUUAAUGUUAUAUUAUAUUAAGAUUAAAGAUCGGGUUUAAAGAAAUUGAAGAUAUAUAUUACAAUAUUAUAUUAAAGUUAAAGAUUGGGAUUAAAAAAGUUGAAAAGAAAUAGCUGGACAAACAAUUUGGAUUGGAAUACAAAAGAGGGAGGUAUGAGGAAGUCCAGAAAAUAAGUAAACUAAAAAAACGGAAAUGGAAAAGAGAUAUUGUUUUUAAUUGUUAGGUUUUUUGUUUUUUAUUGUUGAAUUGUGUUCUUUUCUGCGUGUUCUUGUUGUCUUUUUUUCUUUUCUUUUUUUGAGAUGUGUAUUGUGUAUGUUUUUCUUUUCUUCCUUUGUUGUUCAAAACUGAAAUAAAAAUUAUUUACAAAAAAAAAAAAAAAAACAAAGUCGCUAGUCUUUUCCCAGGGGCUUUUGAUCAUGGUGAAAUUAUUUGCUUGUACUUGCGGGACUCUGCCAAAGUUGAUAACUUAACCUUUAUCGUUAUUUUGCCAAACAGUCACUGUCAGCGCCUUAGAAGGAAAAGACUGCAAAGAACUGGUAAAAGUGAUUGCCGAGAAUGCAAAACUAUCAGAUGAACAGCUUGCUGUCCUCAUCUCUGGAAUGUAUACUCUCCUGCGAGAGGCCUUGAGGCUGCCCACAUCGUCUCUGAAGCAAGAAGUGAGUAGAAGGCAUACACAUUCCUCAAUAAAAACUAUGUAUGUGCUAAACUGUGAGAUGAGCAAGAUGGUAGCUCCAAAAAAGGGAUGGGGAACCUGUGACCCUCCAGAUGUUUUAGCUCAGUCGUAAAGCAAUUGCUUCGCGUGUAGGAGGUCUGAGGUUCAAUUACAGUGGUACCCCUGGUUGCGAACAGGAUCCAUUCCAGAGCCCCGUUCGCAACAUGAGCAGAACGCAGCCCGCGUCUGUGCGGGUCACGAUUCGCCACUUCUGCGCGUGCCAUUUUGCGUGUCUGCGCAUGCGCGAGCAGUGAAACCCGGAAGUAACCGUUUCCGGUACUUCCGGGUCGCUGCGGGACGUAUCCUGAAAGAACAUGAAGUGGAUGUAACCAGGGGUAUGACUGUACUGCUAUUUCCCAUUAGGCCCAGUCAUGGCCGACUCUGGGGUUGCGGCGCUCAUCUCGCUUUAUUGGCCGAGGGAGCCGGCGUACAGCUUCCGGGUCAUGUGGCCAGCAUGACUAAGCCGCUUCUGGCAAACCAGAGCAGCGCACGGAAAUGCCGUUUACCUUCCCGCUGGAGUGGUACCUAUUUAUCUACUUGCACUUUGACAUGCUUUCGAACUGCUAGGUGGGCAGGAGCAGGGACCCAGCAACGGGAGCUCACUCCGUUGCGGGGAAUCAAACCGCCGACCUUCUGAUCGGCAAGUCCUAGGCUCUGUGGUUUAACUCACAGCACACACACACACCCCCCCCGUGUCCCAUUUCCCAGGUUAGGGCAGGGGAAUAAUUCUGCCUAAAAUCCUAGAGAGCUGCUGCCCAUCAGUGUAGACAGUACUGAGCUAGCUCUGGCAGGGGACACGUACUCCUUUUUCUGGGCAGUUUGUCCACCCUUGCUCCCCACCCUGCACUCAGCUCUGACCUCUGGCUCCUAGACGCUGUCAGCAUGCAACAGAGGCCACACCCCGGGAACGGUUUCAACUGUUCGGGUGUGUGGUGUCAGCCACUCAUGAAAGCUGCCUAUCUUGGGUCACCCAGACUUGGCAUACUCUCACCCUGAGGUUUGGAUGCAUCAGUUGCCGGGGGGGGGGGGGCGGUUUCACUGUCUUCUGGAUCCCUUUCCAGUUUCCCAGACGUCUGAGGGGCACCCACCCUUGUUCUUGCAGAAACUCUCCUUGAACUCUCCUUGUCUUUUCGUUUUGCAGGUUUUUAAAGAAGACCUACAGGAGCUCAGGUAUGCCUGUUUUUUGGUCAAUCUGCCAGUUGCUUGUGUCAAACCUGAUGCAUAAGUGGUUUCUGAAAAGCAAGGGGUGGGAAACUUUUUUCCCCAGCCCAAGAAGAACUAGACUUCUGGGGGGAGGGGGACUGCAUCCCCGUGGUGGGUGAUACCAGAUGCAAAAGUAGUUGGAGCAACAGGUGUGACUCGUACCUUUUGUACGGUAGACUGAAUUUCUGCUCUCUCUUUCUCCAUGUGGCACACACAAAUACUUCCACCUCCCUCUCUCCCACCAGGAAAGCAAGAAGCAUUAUCAUGGUUGAGAAAUACUUUCCAGCUUGGAAUGCAUACCUGAGAGUGGCACAGCUCAGGGACAGUGACCUGGAAAGACUCCUGAGGGGCAGAUGGAGAGGCUUGGAGGGCCACAUUAUACCCGCAGGCUUCAAGCUCCUCACCCCUGCCAUAGAGCCCCUUCACGUGUUACUUGGAUGAAGCAAGGCUCCACAUGUUGAUGGGAGCAGUGGUUGGGGGAUGCCCUGUUGGCCCCGCCUCCAGCAUCCUUGAGGCAUGGGUUUCAAAGCAUUUUGGAGUCAGCUCAUGGGAACCUAAACUACGGGUGCCCAUUCUCAACACAUGGAUAUCUUGAGCGGGGCUAGUCAAGUGUGUGUGAUGUCAACAGGCAGCACCUACAUUCCAGAGCACAUGGAGGGAGCAUAAGACUUUUAUGCUCCACUGCCCUCUGCAAAGAGAGAAUAGUGAGGUCUUGGAAAUGGGGCAGGUUUUCUUAAAAUUACACAAACAGUUGAUCACUCAGUGUUAGUGGGAGCUAAGGAAGACAUUUUGUUAGGCCACAGUACACACAGAGUAAGAGGGAGAGAGCACGGUUCUGGAGUCGAAGAACUUGACAGAUUUCAGGUUUCAGUUGUAGGCUGCUAGGCUUACUCCAACCAGCUGAAACACAAAGCGCAAUGGUCAGGAGUAGGACCUGGGGGUGCAGGGUUUGAAUCCCCACUCAGCCAUGAAGCUCCCUGGGUGACCUUCAGCCAGUUAGCAUCUCUUCACCUAACCCACCUCACAGGGCCGCUCUAUAGGCCGAGGGAGCCGGUGUUUGUCCGCAGACAGCUUCUGGGUCAUGUGGCCAGCAUGACUAAGCCGCUUCUGGCGAACCAGAGCAGCACACGGAAACGCCGUUUACCUUCCCGCCGGAGCGGUACCUAUUUCUCUACUUGCACUUUGACAUGCUUUCGAACUGCUAGGUGGGCAGGAGCAGGGACCGAGCAACGGGAGCUCACCCCGUCGCGGGGAUUCGAACCGCCGACCUUCUGAUCAGCAAGUCCUAGGCUCUGUGGUUUAACCCACAACACCACCCACGUCCCUAAAGGCAGUAUAUAAAAUACAAUAAAUAAAUAAAACUUUAAGCGUAGGGCCCCAUUUACUAUGUAAACUUAAAUCACAAUGAUAUCAUUUUAAACAAGCAUCCUGGUAACUGUAGUUUGCUCUAAGGGCACAGAGGGUCAGGAAACACCCCCCCCCCACACACACAUACACACAUUCCCCUCACAUAGCCACAAUUCCCAGAGUGCUUUAAUAAUCCCUUAUCCCAGGGAAGUCUCUGAAGUUUAGCUGUGCGAGGGAAAUAGGGGCAUCCUAGCAGCAUCCUUAACGAACUACAGUUCCCACGAUGCUUUGGGUGAAGCCAUGCCUGGUUAAAAUGGUAUCGUAACGCUUUGGCUGUAUAGUGUAGAAGUGGGCUUGGUCUCUGCUUCAUCUGUUUUCAGGCAGGCUAAUUCAUUAGCCUGUUAAUAUUACAAAUCAGCUGAUGAAAUAUGGCUGGCAGCUUCUUCUCCCCACCCCCAACUAUCACAAAAGAGAUUAUUGGUGCUUAGGAGAGAAGCAUUGCCCUGUCGUCCCACUCAGAUGGAAUUUUGCAUGUAAUAGUUUACUAAUGAGCUCAUUGGAAGCCAGGAGAAUCACCCUGAUGUUGUAUAACAUGUCCUUUUCUUUUGAUGUGUUGCUGAGUGCAUGUUAUAUAGAAGAGAUGGGCCUCUAUCAGUUCUCCUAAAUUAUAUCUUUCUCGCAUGCAUGUAAUUACCCACUAAUACCUUCCCUCACACACACACACACAAACUUUUUAUUGUUGUUAAUAGCAAGACAGUUGGUAUUUCUGAAUGAGACGCCCUGUCCUACUUUUAAAACAUUUCCUUCUGUUUUCAAAGGACGGUGAUAUAACAAGCAGAAUCCGCCUGUAUUGUCUGGGUGUGAUCGCUUGUUCUAAUUAGCAAGCAAAAUAUGCCAUUUGUUACGUGUACUUAGUCAAAAUCUCUGCCGGGUGGCGUAGAGCAAAGGCUUUGCAUAAGCACUAAAGUGCUGCAGAGGCUGCAUUUGAAACUUCCUGUCAUUGGACAUAGCAAGAGAGAGAAAAUGAGAGAGACCUGCUGGCAAAGAUUUGGCUGGGGUUUAAAAAUGCAUCAGCACUGUUGCAUUAAUGCUGUAUCAUACCACUUUAAACAACCAUGGCUUUCCCCCAAAGAAUCCUGGAUAGUGUAGUUUGUUAAGGGUGCUGAAUGUUGUUCAGAGACACACCCACCCCUUAACUUGCCUAGGGCUACUUGUUCCUUGGCAAGAGGGAUUGAUUGUUAAACCACUCUGGAAGUUGUAGCUCUUUGUGCAGGAUAGGGGUUUCCUAAAUGCCAGUUCCCAGGAUUCUUUGGGGAAAACUAAGGUAAAGGGUAAAGGGACCCCUGACCAUUAGGUCCAGUCGUAACCAACUCUGGGGUUGUGGCGCUCAUCUCGCUUUAUUGGCCGAGGGAGCCGGUGUACAGCUUCUGGGUGAUGUCACCAGCAUGACUAAGACGCUUCUGGAGAACCAGAGCAGCGCACAGAAAUGCUGUUUACCUUCCUGCCGGAGCAGUACCUAUUUAUCUACUUGCACUUUGAGGUGCUUUCGAACUGCUAGGUUGGCAGGAGCAGGGACCGAGCAACGGGAGCUCACCCCGUCGUGGGGAUUCGAACCGCCGACCUUCUGAUUGGCAAGUCCUAGGCUCUGUGGUUUAACCCACAGCGCCACCCGCGUUGGGGGAAACUAUGGCUGUUUAAAUUGGUGUGAUACCACUUUAAACGUAUAGUGGAGACUGAGCCACAGACUCUUCUUCCUGCCUCCAUCACCAGCUACGUUGGUGAACUGUUGGCUCCCCAACCCCUUCACCUCUCGCCUCCUCUCCUACCCUGAAGUUCUGGGUGAGGUUUUCGCUCAGCUAGGGAAACUUCCCUGUUCCAUUUACAGUGGUGCCCCGCAAGACGAAUGCCUCGCAAGACGGAAAACCCGCUAGACGAAAGGGUUUUCCGUUUUUGAGUUGCUUCGCAGGACGAAUUUCCCUAUGGGCUUGCUUCGCAAGACGAAAAUGUCUUGCGAGUCUUGAGAUUUUUUUUCACUUUCCCCCCCUUUAUCUAAGCCGCUAAGCCUUUAAUAGCCUUUUAGCAGCUAAUCCGCUAAACCAAUAAGCCUUUAAUAGCCGCUAAACCGCUAAUAGCGCUAAUCCGUUAAGCCGCUAAUAGGGUUGCUUCGCAAGACGAAAAAACCGCUAGACGAAGACACUCGCGGAACGGAUUAAUUUCGUCUUGCGAGGCACCUCUGUACUCAUCUUUUUAAAAAAAUCUAUACCCCACUUUUCACCACCUGGGGCCCAAACCAACUUACAAAAUACAAUAUACAGAAUUCAAAACAGAAAUUGAACAUUAGAGGAUUAAAACAUCGGAGAAGCAUUUGUGAUAACAAAAUCAGCUGUCCAAGACCCUUAGGCUGAAAUACAUACCAGUAACCAAAAUCUCUCUUUAAAAACUUGAUUCUGUAUAGUUUGACCACAAGGUUGUUGUGCUGGCUUUCCUUAUGGGGGACUUCCUAAAAUGCAAUUCCACAUCCAGUAAGCUACUAUCUUUUCUUCCUUUAAUAAUUGGGAGAAGGACAUACUUCAUAAUGGGGUUCAUGUGCCGUUUGCCUCAAUUUGCUCUUUUAUUUUAAGGAUUCCAGAAGAUUUCAUUGUGGACUUCGCCACUGUAGUCUUUGGAAACAGGUAAGUUUGCAGAUUUUCAGUUUUUCCCUUUCCCUUUCUUGAGAUUUGCAUCAUUCCCUAACCUAUAUUUCUCUCCACAAGGUCUUAUUCUUUCAUUUAAUAUAUUUCUGAACAAGCCAUUUAUCAGAAAGUUUAUUGGUUCCCCCUAAUUAAGGAGGGGGAAUUAGGGGGUUACCACAGAGAAUGCCCUCUCUUGUGGGUGGUGGACGUACCAAGAGGAUCCCCUUAAUAUCCCAGACACUGAUACUGGCCCAUGUUCCUUAGUCAUGGCAGUAUACCUUACUCUUUAGAUUAUUCACUGAAGUCAUACUCCAGUUUUCCCAGUUCAUUGCCUCUGGAGCAAUGUUGGUGAACUCUGGCCCUGGGGCCAAAUGUGGCCCUCCCAACCUCUCUGUCCGGCCCUCGGGAUUCUCUCCAGGCCACACACCCGCCUUAUGCCACACUCCCUCCCUAUGCCACACCAGUGUCUUGCUGCACACCCUCCUUGAGUGUUUUUGCCUGGCUGGAAUUUGCCCUUAAACUUUGGCUAUUUCUCUUGCUUGCUUGCCUGAAUGAAGGGGGCAGAGAGCUAAGUGAGUGUGUGCAGAAAGUUAGCUUGGUAUACAAAGGUAAAAUUUGCUUUUGCCUCUCAAGCUGCUUUUGCCUCUGAUCCUGCCCACUGGUGGGUGUGGCCCCCUGGAAAAUUGUCCAGAAGGGAAUGUGGCCCUUGAGGUACAAAGGUUCCAUUGCACCACUGCUCUGAAGAGUCUUGCUCCUGCUUUCUUGAGUGCCGUUUCUUUUUUUCUCACCAACAGGCAACCUGCUCUUGAAGAGGCCAUUCAGAAGCAAGCUAGUAAGCUGCCUAGAAUUGAAGACUUCAAGUGGAGGGUAGAUGUGGCCAUUUCUACCAGGUACAGGAUAUAUGAAGCCCAUGCCUGAAUUUUCAGUGGGUGUCUGUGGAGGCUGGCCCAGUUUGGGCAGAUGGCAAAAGUGUCGUCCCCUCCCCAACUCAAAUCUUCCCUCAGCCAGGUCCCACCUGGUUAGGAAAACACGAGCAUGAAGGUUAUGUGUUACCUCCAGUAGCUGGGGGUCAUGAGAAAGAGAGUGUCCUUCUUGCAGGCUUCCCAUAGGCCUCAGGGUGGCCUUUGUGAGAACAGAAUGCUGGACUGGACAGGCCUUUGGAUUCAUGCAGCAGAGACGUCCCCAUUCUUAAAAAAUAAGCACCUUCUCAAGCACAUUUAGGAAAAACCUAACCACCAGGACAGAUGUAAACCCAGAGGGACCCUGAUUGUGUUCUUGUUGCCAAUUGACAGUCUGCCAUUCUCAUAGUUGGUAGUUUUCCAGGCUGUAGCAGACAGGGAAGUAGGGAGCUGGUCUGCUGAAAGUCAGUCAGUCAGUCAAUCAAUCAAUCAAUCCAUUUAUUGUGUAUAGCUAAAGGCCUUUACAAAGGCAGGAGCAAGACUCUGAAAUCACACGACGUAACCUAUAAAAGUUUGCAGCAUAAAAAGUUUGCAGCAUUAAUAUUUAAAAUUAGGAAGCAUUAACAUAACUGGAACAGAGCAAAUUUGGCUACCAGGUGUGUAAUUUGUAGAUCUAUUAUCAGCUAAGCCUAGGCGUUUGACUGUCACUUCCUGAGGGGGAUCAGCCUGAGAAGAGGAGAUAAAAAAAAGUUGUCCGUGCAUUGUACCGUUUUUUUCCCGCUCUAUAGGACGCACCCGACCAUAGGCAGCACCUUGUUUUAGAGGGGGAGAACAAGAAAAAACAAUUCUCCCCCUCUCUGCGUAGCGCCCCUUCAGUGAAGCGGCAGAAGAAACGGAGCCCCGUCCAUUUCUCCUCCCGCUUUGCUGAAGGGGUGCUGCGCCUUAGCUGAAGGGGCACCUACGCUUCAGCGAAAGGAACCCAAAGCCUCUGGAGCGCAGCGGGAGCUCCCGCUGCGCUCCAGAGUCUUCAUGAAGCUAUCUUUGAAGCCUGGAGACCGAGAGGGUCGGUGCGCACCGACCCCUCUCGCUCUCCCAGGCUUCAGCGAAAGCAACACAAAGCCUCUGGAGUGCGGCGGGAGCGCUCCCACUGUGCUUCGGAGGCUUCGCGUUGCUAUCGCUGAAGCCAAGGAGCCUGCAUUUGCUCCAUAGGACACACACACAUUUCCCCUUAAUUUUUGGAGGGGGUAAUGUGUGUCUUAUAGAGCGAAAAAUACGGUUUAUAAGGGGCAAAUCAGCAGGUAUUGCAUGAUACCCUCGACCUGAUUGCAUCCAUAAAUGCAUUUGCGUUCCAUAUUGGGAAUUCCUGGGUGUCUCCCUUCUAAGUAUGCUGAAGGCAUCUGUUGGAACCUUGGUUCAACAAAGGCUCUAUGUAGUUGCCGGGUAGUCAGUGUCUCAAGGUACCGUAUUUUUCAGCCCAUAGGGUGCACCGGCCCAUAGGACGCACCUAGUUUUUUGGGGGGGAAAUAAAGAAUUUUUUUUUAAUCCCCCCCCCCAGGUGCGGGGCUGGGGCAGGGGAAGCCCGAGCUUCCCCCGACCCCAGCCCCCAGAACAGGCAGCUCUCCACAAGCCGUGGGAGAGCUGCACGAAGCCCGAAGCCUGGGGGACGCUGAGCUCAGCAUGCCCCCAGGCUUCAGGGUGCAGGCAGCUCUCCACAUGCCGUGGGAGAACUGUGCGAUUUCACACAGCUCUCCCACGGCUUGCGGAUAGCUUCCUGAAGCCCGGAGAGCGAGAGGUGUCGGUGCGCACCGACCCCUCUCGCUCUCCAGGCUUCAGCGAAAGCCUGCAUUCGCCCCAUAGGACGCAUACACAUUUCCCCUUCAUUUUUGGAGGGGGAAAAGUGCGUCCUAUAGGGCGAAAAACACGGUAAUCUGCUGAACAUGUUUUAGGUAGAGAAACCUGACCUGACAGGAGCUGUUGAGGGAGCUGGAUCCCUCUAUUUAUUUGGAGUCAACAGUACUAUCAUAACAGUGGAUUUUAUUAUAUAUCGCGCACCAGCGAAAGACUGGAGAACACAUAGCUAAAUAUUCUUCACCUUAGUUGUUUUGGGAGGUGUAAAUAGUCCUUCCUUGGAGAACGUGGGUUCCAUUUUUGGGUUUUCUUCCUUCUUGGUUUCCAUCCCUUGCCAGCUCCCCCAGAAACUUCCUGUUUAUCCUCAGGCAACAGCCUCACCUACAGGCACGGGGAGAGUUCAUUCUUGGCCAUAGAGCUCUUGGCAUCUGCUGGUUUCUUUUCUAAUUUUGGUAGAGGCCAACUGGCUGGCAGAAUGGCACACACAGUGAUUCAUUUUCUACUUCUGGGGGGUGUUCAACAAGGCUGGCUCCAGAAAGGCCCUUCCCUCAGUUUGGUUGCCAUAACGUCCUUGUCCUGUUUUCAGAGAGAUGGGUUUCUUUCUCAGCCGAUGUGAGGUUGCCGUUGUUGUUUUGAUAACUUUCUUUUUUUAAAAAAAAAUAAUAUUUAUUAAAGUUUCACAAGAAAAUGACCGCAUUAAUAAUAAUAAAAAGAAAAAAAUUAACAAUAAAAAGAAAAAUACACAAUACAAAAUACAAAAAGAAAAGAAAAAACAGUUAAAAACAAUUCCAUCUUUUCAUCACUUCUUUUACGUUUACUUGUUUCCCGGACCUCCUCAUACCUCCCUCUUUUGUAUUCCAAUUCAGUUUGUUAGUCCAGCAAUUUCUUUCCCUCCUUCUUAAUCCUGAUCUUUAAUCUUAAUAUAUUAUAACAUUAAAUUUUUACCUAUUAAAAACCAAUUUUUCCAUUCUUUUAACCAUUACUGCUAGAAACCGCUUAACUUCAAUCCGUCAUCAUUCUAACAUUCAUUAAUUUUACAAUAUUUCUGUAAGUAGUCUUUAAAUUUCUUCCAAUCUUCUUCCACCGACUCUGUUGUUUUGAUAACUUUCAAUCAGAACGUUUCCCCACAUGCCCUAACUCUAUUUAGAUCUAAUUUUCCAUGUUUGAAUUAUGUGUGCUUUUGGUUUCAAAUCAAAUCAAAUUUAAACUCCUUCAGUUUUAACACCUUUCAACUCCCCUGCCGCCCCCUUUUGCAAAUACAAAUUCAUUAAUUUAUUUUACAGAUUGUCUUUCAUAUCAGGCUCAAGGUGGUUUCCAAGCAUAGCCAUAAAAACAACUAAGGAUUAAUUUAAAAACAAAGCGGCAGGAACACCUAAGGCAGGGAUGUUCUCAUCCAGCUAGAAAACCUUGAACAAACAAUAAUGACUCAAGGUUGCUUCCAGGGUCAUGUAUUAAUUAGGUAAGGGGAUGGUGGCCUUCACCUGUUUUGCAGGGUAGCAGAGAGUGAAUUACUGUUUUUGAAACUGCCCAGUUGGAGUGAUAUCAUCAUGCAAUCAUCCUGUUUCUAAUUAGCUUUAUGAAACAGUGUAUUUUCAGGAAUGGAAAAAUUUUCCGCAAAUGAGAAACGCAGUGGUACCUCAGGUUACAUAUGCUUCAGGUUACAUACAGUACUCUUCAGGUUACAGACUCCGCUAACCCAGAAAUAGUACCUCGGGUUAAGAACUUUGCUUCAGGAUGAGAACAGAAAUCGUGCUCCGGCGGCGCGGCGGCAGCAGGAGGCCCCAUUAGCUAAAGUGGUUCUUCAGGUUAAGAACAGUUUCAGGUUAAGAAGGGACCUCCGGAACGAAUUAAGUACUUAACCCGAGGUACCACUGUAGUGGGAAACUUCUCUCCCCUGCCACCCUGUUGACUUCCUGCGUGCUAGUUUGCUGAGAGUGCAUCCUUACUGAGGAAUGCUAAUACUCAUAACACUUUCAGAAAUGAAUCCCACUGCUAGGAGAGAGAGAGAGAGAGAGAGAGCAGUAGGUUGCAUUCAACGAAACCUGGGCCCACUGAAAUCAAUGGGGCAAAAUUAGUCAUGCACAUUAAUUUCAGUGGUUCUGCUCUGAGUGGGACUUAGCUGGGACCAGCAUUAGGGGAAUUAAGGAAUUUAGAGGGGGGCAUAAUACCAGUUUGAAAGCAGCUGACAUCAUACUAUGGGAUAGAUUAUAAUGUUAUGGAACCUUUUUUGGCUUGUUGGAAGGACCUUAGAUCAGUCCUUUGCAUCUCCAGUGAAAAACUUCUCUGAUAGGAAGAAGAAAAGGCUUGCUCCUGAGAUCUUAAGAGAGCAGUUGCCUGUCAAAGUAGGUAAUAUACUGUGUUAGUAGUCCAGCUGUUUGAGCCUUUGAUAGGGCAGCCCCAGCAGUUUUUCUUUCAUUGGGGGGUGGGGGGGAAGUAUAUGAAUGAUGAAGUCACAAGAAACAAUAAAACGAUACCAGCAAUAAUGAUUAUUUAAGCACGUAACCAUAGUCUCCAGGAAUACAUCUUGUUUCAUGCUUUAAACUGUGGAGAGCUCGUCAAUUAUUUUAUUUAUUUAUUAAAUCUUAUAUGCUGCUCUUCCUCAGAGUAUCACAAGGCGGUUUGCAGUAUAAAAACACAAAAAUACAUAGCCUAACAAUAAACAAAACAAUAACACAUGCGCACGCACGCACACGGUUUAAAAGGCUGUAGAGUGUUUAAUUAGCCAAAGGCCUAUGAAAAAAGCAGCUUCUGUGCCAAAAUGGGCCUAGACCUUCAUUGAAAUGGUUAUAUAAAAUCAGUUUCCUCCAAGAGCGCAUGGUUGGAAGAACACCUGUCAGGGCCGUCUUAACCAUAGGUGCCAAGGGUGCGGGGCACCCGGGAGCCAGGCUCUCAGGGGCUCCAGACCAAGAGUCUGGGGCCCAAGAGUUGGAGUCUGGGGAAGAGGCCACCCGUCGGAGCACCGCUGCAGGCUCUUCUGUUGUGGGCAGCUCUGCACCAUGAGUUCGGGGGCGAGCGAGCCAGCGAGGCACUGAGGUGGCCGGCUGGCUCCUCCCUCCUGCGUGCCUGGGAUUGGUGUAGGGCCGUGGAGAGGCCCGCCCAGUGCAUGCUGCUCACACCACGAGGCGCCUGGCUUCGCUCAGUUGCCAACGCCUCGGGCUCGUUUGUUGCACGGGGAUGGGGGGGGGGCGCCAGGCGGAUCUUUGCACCCCAGUGCCGCAUAUGCUUAAGACAGCCCUGACACCUGUGUUUUUCAUAUAGUGGUUAUAACUUAAGAAAAUUUGCAUUGUAUUUUUUACCCAUAUACCCACAUUUGCUUACGUGUAGAGUCCAGCUGUGGUGGCCAUCAAUUGGAUCUGGUUUCCUGUCCAGCUUAAAGGCACACAUUCCCCUGGAAUGUAGCAGAUACUGCCUGUGGGGUUUUGUUGUUGUUGUUGUUGUUGUUGUUGUUGUUUUGCACUACAUGUAAAGGACUCAUGUCCAAGUCUUCCUUGUUCCCCUAGCAACUCUAAUGGUAAUAAUGUGAUUGAUUUCAGCUCAUUGGCUCGGGCUUUGCAGCCAUCCAUUUUAAUGCAACUAAAGCUCUCUGACGGGUCAGCUCAUCGCUUUGAAGUAAGUACUGCCAUUGCUAAAUAAGAGUGGGCUCGCUUUACAUUCUUCGUAUGACAGUGAAUAGCUGUUUACUAGGAAUUUUAGAAAGCCUUUGGAAGCAUUUUAUAUUCAUGGAUUUGUAUGGAGUUCUCUGAAAGACUGCUCUUAAGAAUCAGGUACAGGGUGACCUGGGCUGCAAAACAAAUUAAAGCUCUCAGAGUGCAUUGCAUUAUCUCUAUUUCCAAUGUUCACUGAGUGCUGUGGUUUAAGAGGUUAAAACAACAGCGCCGAGGCAUAAGGGUUGUGUGCUUUAGUGAAAACUCCAAGAAGGAGACCCCAACAAGGGCUGAGCUUGAUGGGUGAAAAAAUGGAAAUAUACAUCUCUUGCUCUUCUGGAUUCAGAGAGAAACAUGAAAAGCAAACAAGUCUGAUAAAUCCAACUGAAUGGGCUCUGGCUCAGUGAUAGAGCAUGCCAGUUGUCUCAGGUCCAGUUCUAGCUAGGGCUGGGAAUGCCAUCCACCUGAAACCUUGGAGAGCUUCUGCCAGUCAGUGUAGACAAUACUGAACUAGAUAGACCACUGGUCUGACUUCAUAUAAGGCAGCUUCGUGUGUUUACUGUUUCCCAUACAUUUAGGUUGCAAUCCUAUACAUACUUACCUGGGAGUAAGUCCCAUUGAGCUUAAGGUACUUCCUUCUGAGCAGAUCUUCAUAGGAGUUCACUUCUUAUGCAUUCACCUUAAUAGUUUAUCCAGCUUACAUUUAAUUGCAUUUUAAAAAUAAAUUAAAAUCUUUAAGAUUCCCUUGAAACUACACUUAAGCCUGCCACUUAUGAACAUCCAUUAGUCAGUCAGUCAAUCAAUCAAUCAAUCAAAGUGUAUGUGUUGUUGCGACCAUCUCCUGGUCAUUUCAUCCAAAAAGGAAAUGCAGAAUAUACCAGAAUUAUAUUCCUAUAUAAUAGGAAAUAAUUGAUUUGUAGUGUGUCAGGCAUUGUUUAAUAAAAACAUUCUUCUCCAAAAGCCACAGCUCAUCAUCUCAGAAGAAAUUCAGCACAAAGUGUCAGUGUGGGUUCUCCAUAUUUGUUGGUCAACCAUUUCUGAGGAGUGUAUGGGGUAUUAGGGGAAAGGUAGCACCCCUGGCACAUUCUCCUUCUGUGAUAGCUUGUCCACCUUUGGUCCCUACCCUGCACUCAGCUCUCACCUGUGGCUCCUAGAAACUGUCAGCAUGUGACAGCAGUCACAACUCAGAAAACUGCUUCAACUAGCUGGCUAAACUAAGUGAGGGUAGCCAAAGGGUCUCAAACCUUUGGUGAAUUAGGGAAUUCCCCUGCAUGUGAAGACAGGCUCUAACAGAUUGGAUGAAGAGACCAGUAGUGGGUCCAAUGGUCAAGAUGGUGGUUUUUGAAUAAGCUGUUGAAAGAGGUGAGGGGCAGAUGGGGUUUGUCAGCCUGGGAAGGUAGCUCAUCUAGGAGAAGGAAAACUCUGGUCCUAAACCUCUGCUAUACUCAUUCGUGAUAAAGGCUUCGGGAGUAAACCCCAAGGGAAAAUCCAUCCCUGCUGCUUUGUGGGACAUCUUUGGAAGAAGAAAAGGCUCAGGAGUAAACCCAACACAAAUCCAGAGUAGAGUCCCUAAGACAGUUGGAUGGCGCCUUGUACUCCUCCUUCCAGCAACUGCUGCAGCCAAGGUGGUGCCAAAUGUAUUGCUCAGAUGUCCUUUGGGCCACACCAAGAAGGCUGUUAGGAGACUCUUGUUGUCUGGGUAGCCCAGGACCUCCAUACACACUGCCCAGGGUUGCGUCCCAGAGAGGAGGCUCACUCCAUUGCCUCUUGAGACAGACUGAUGCCAAGAGCAGUUCCUGUUGGCCAUGUUGGCUGGGGUUUUAGGGGAGUUCAACAGCAUCGCGAGGGGAGCCACACUGGCUUUUCCUAGCAUUGUCUGCUGCUGCUGAACAGACUUUAAUCAGCUCAGCCGUCUAAAUAUGCAAACACCAUAUUUUUUGCUCUAUAGGACGCACUUUUCCCCCUCCAAAAAUUAAGGGGAAAUGUGUGUGCAUCCUAUGGAGCGAAUGCAGGCUCCUUGGCUUCAGCGAUAGCAACACGAAGCCUCCGAGCGCAGUGGGAGUGCUCCCGCCGCACUCCAGAGGCUUCGUUGCUUUCGCUGAAGCCGCCUGAGCCCCGGAGCGCAGCGGGAACUCCCGCUGCGCUCCGGGGGCUUCAGGCAGCUAUCCGCAGGUCUUCGGAGUGCAGCGAGAACUCCUGCUGCACUCCGAAGGCUUGCGGAUAGCCGCCUGAAGCCUGGAGAGCAAAAGGGGUCGGUGCACACCGAUCCCUCUUGUUCUCCAGGCUUCGCUUCGCUGGAAAGGCGCUGCACAGUUUUCCCUCUCUGCGCAGCGCCCCUUCAGUGAAGCAGGAGGAGAAAUGGAAGGGGCUCCAUUUCUCCUGCCACUUCGCUGAAGGGGCGCUGACCAGAGAGGGGGAGAAAUUUUUUUCCCCUGUUCUCUCCCUCCUAUCCGGUGUGUCCGGUGUGUCCUAUAGAGCGAAAAAUACGGUAACUAAUGAACAUUUGAAAUGCAAGAUAUAGUUAGGAGUGUAGGAAGCUCGCUUAUACCAAGUCAGACCACUGGUACAUCUGGCCGUGCAUCCUGGCUGACAACAGCUCUCCAGAGUUGUCUCCUAGCCUUACCUGGAGAUGUCAGGGAUGGAACCUGAAGCCUUCUAAAUGCAAAGCAGAUGCUCUGCCCAGUGAGCUAAGGUGCACAGCCUUGUAAAUUCACACUAAGCUUUGGUCUUCAAACCUUUCUAGAGCUGCCACUCUGCUUUUGCAGAGAAUUGCAGGGUUGUAAAGUACAGUGGCCAUGGAGAGGUGCUUGCCCACACAAACAGUGCCUUCUUGAAAGGGGGUCCCUUCUAGUGGUUCACACCUCUUUCUCAGAGUGGUUCCUGCAAGCCUGCCUUCGUGUUUAAGCAACAAGUUUUAGCAAGCCCAUGUAUACCAGUUGCUAGAAAUUGCAAGCAGAGAACAUUGGGUUGCCCCCAUGUCCUGCUGAUGGACUCCCAGGCUUCUGGUGGCCAUUGUGAGAGCUGGAUGCUGAACUGGGUGGGCUUUUAGCCUGGUCCAUUAGGGCUCUUAAGUUCUCCCCCAUUCCUUCUUGGAAGGCGGGGGCAACAUGGAACUGAGUGGGCAGUAUUGUAGCUCUGCAGAAAUUAAUGUGAAAUGCAGUUGUUGUGGUGCGGACAAGAAAUAAUUCUGCAAAGAGCAAGUUCUCCUUUUUGCCUAAAUUUGAUUUGAAAAUCCAUAAUGUAGGUCAGGGCUGGGUAGCCUGUGGCCUUCCAGAUGUUGUUGGAAUCCAGCCCCUAUCAGCAGCACACACCCUCCCCCCAGCAUUCAGAGAUAAUGGGAGUUGAAGUCUAGCAACAUCUGGAGGGCCACAGGUUUCCCAGCACUGAUGUAGAUCCUACAAAGCUUAAUCUGGAGUACGAAGUGUGUGAUGUGAGAGGUGAAUUGGUAUCGAACUGUGUGUCUCAAACCUGGGUCUCCAGCUGUUUUUUGGACUACCACUCCCAUCAUCCUUAGCUAGCUGGACCAGUGGUCAGGGAUGGUGGGGACUGUUGUCCUAAAACAGCUGGAGAUGCAAGCUUGGGAGACCCUGGUAUAGAAUCAUAGAAUUGUAGAGUUGGAAGGGACCCUGAGGGUCUUCUAGUCCAACCCUCUGCAAUGCAGGACUCCUGCCCAAUGUGAGGCUCAAACCCACAGCCCUUACAUUAAAAGUCACGUGCUCUACCUACUGAGCUGUACGUUUGGUAGCAGGGAGAUAAGCAGUCAUUUCCACAGAUUAUCUCUCAUUUAGUUCAUGAAUCUAAUGAAGGGAUUUGGCAACUAGAUGAGGAAAAUCCUUAAUGCUGUUGGCAGGCUGAAAGAGAAAUUCAUCCUGAGCUAUCACAUUUUUCUAAGUCAGCACACUCGUGUGCUAAGUGGCCAGGUCGGAUCCUGUACUCUCCAGGAGGUGGGGAAAACACAGAAGUUGCUGAAACCGCGGCUUUUCUUUAUACAAAGUUAUGCAACCAGCUUGUUUGUUUUGUUCUGGGUGUUUUCAGGAGGUUGUUCCAUCAAAGCAACAUGAAAGAAGUUUUUUUCCAAUGUUUUUCAAUGCAUUUGGGUUUGUUUGUUUUUUAAAAAGUAUUUUGGAAAGUUGUGCAUUCGGACACCUUUUAAGAUAUCAUUAGCACAUUUUGGGUGAUUAUUCCUGAGGAGCAGGUUUUCACCUAGGUUUGGAUAUAUCUGGAUGCCAUUUUCAAUCAAGAUGGCAAGCUAAAUGUUUCAAAACUGAUUUUAAUCGCUGACUUCAAAACUGCCCCGAUAUUUUGGUAUCUUUGAGUUCCUGAGUAACAAGUGCAAGGCUGCUGCUAAUAAAUCUAACAAUUAGAUCUGCUGUUGAUAAAAAGUUUUGAUGACAGAUUUAAUGGCACAAUCCUGUACAUACGUACUGGUUGAACGUUAUUAUUAUCUGCAGAGGAGAGAACUCUCUUGGUAGAUCCCUCACCCUCAGAAUUGCAGGGAAUGACAGCCUGGGAAAAGGCAUUCUCUGUGGCAACCUCUAAAUUGUACAACUGCCUUCCUAUCUGGCACCGUCGUUAUGCAGCUUUUGACAGAUGCUGACGUCUCACCUUUUUGCCCCUGGCCUUUGACGAUUAAAGUAGUGUGUUUUGUGGGACCCGCCCCUUUUGCUGAAUUUAUACCGUUCUGUUGCGUUUGGAAUGGAUUUAUGUGUUUUAUCAUUGUAAUGCUGUUGACUUGUUCUUAUAAUUUCAUUUUCUGUAAUUGCAUAUUGUCAUAACUUGCCCUCGGACCUUACAGUGAAGGGCAGGUAAGAAAGCUUUGCAAUUUGUAAAUGAAUACUUGGGAGUAAAUCCACUGAGUUCUGAAGCGCUUACUCCCAAAUGCAUGGGUACGGAAUUGAAGGAGGUUCAAAGUGGCUAGGAAAGGAAAGUCACGGUCUCCCUUUGUAGUCAGGUUGGGCAGGAAAUUUUUGUGGGCUAGUUAAGAUCUGCAAAAAUGCAAUUAAUUAGAUCAUUUCAAUUUGGGGGACAUAAUGUUCAGGUGAUCUGUCGGAUUUCUCCUCUAGUGACUUGUCCUCUAAAUAGGUUCAGGAUUCAGGAGCCUCCUACAAGCCUAUUAUAUAUUCUCAGAAGGAGAUGUUGUACCCUGACCUUUCCGAGUAUUUUUAUAUUCCAGGUGCCAGCUGGAAAAUUCCAAGAAUUAAGGUACAAUGUUGCUCUGAUCCUGAAGGAGAUGAAUGACCUGGAGAAAAGGAGUGUUCUGAAAAUUCAGGACUGAACCCUUUCUGAUUAAAUUAUUGGGGCUUGAAGACAUUAGGAGAACCACACAAGAAACACCAUCAAAAAGAAGUUGCUUCUGUUUUGUAAUCACAUGUAUUGCAACGUCACCCUUCUGAUAAUGUGGCUGUAAAUAUUUUUUCGCCUGUGUAAUAGAAG